CUGUUACAGAUAAAAAUGGUUCACCCACAUCUCAGCAGCAAAUACAACAAAAAUCACCGCCGCAAAAUGCACAACAACUGCAGCAGCAGCAACAGCAUAACACCAGUAACAGUAUGUUGAGUGGUAAUCAAUCUACCAAUAGUUUGAACAGUACAGCAACCGCGACGACGUCAUCAAAUCAUACAUCAACCGGUAGUAGUGGUGGUGGCGGCGUUGGCUGCAUGGUGGUGGCAGCAGCACUUGGUGACAGUAAUGCAGGCCUACAGACAACACCCUCCAACACAGCAGCAGUACUCCAAGACACCAGCAGCAGUACUAGUAGUAGUAAUUGCAAUAGUAGUGAACAGCAAACGUCCGCCGCUCAUUUGGGUACUGCCUCAGCGACAGCAGCAGCAAAUUUAUCUUUACAACAUCAACAACAACAGCAGCAACAACAGUCGUCUCACUCACUGCAUAGCUAUCAACAGCAACAGCAGCAGCAACAACAAUUGAAUCUGAAUAGCACUUUAGUUGCGGCAGCGGCCGCAGCUGCUGUGGCUGGUGUAUCAGCAGCGGCUAGUACAUCAACGGCAGCAGCAGCAGCGGCGGCGGUAGCGGCUGCAGCGCAUUUGGAAGCGCAACAGACGCAACAACAAAGUGAUAUUGUGGAAUUACAACAACAAUUGGCAGCAGUUGAACAGCAACAGGAAUUGGCGGCGUUAGGUGGUGGUGGCAGUGGCAGUGCAACGGCAAUUGGUAGCGAUGAUAGAGCAACGGCAAAUUCACCGACUGCCGGUGCAGCAAAUGCAACGUUAUCACCAUCGUCAGCAUCAUCAUCAACAUCACCGACUUCAUCAUCAUCAUCGACGGCUGGUCCAUCAACAAGUGCUCUGACAGAAGCUGCAGCUGCGGCCGCAACACAAUUGCUAUCGACAAUGGCCUCAAAUGAAGCUGUGGCAGCGGUUGCAGCAGCCGCAUUGUAA